UCGCUUCUGGGCGACACUUCCCGGUGUGGCCCCUGUUCGCUUCAGCUUGACAGCCGCUGUCGUCCAGGACCGAAGACCGUUGAGGGUUGCAGUCAUGUCGGGAGCUGCUCCGGGGACCAGCAAGGCGGCCCACAGCGACGUGGGGCCGAAGAAGAAGAAGGGACCCGGGGCCCUGGCUACGGCCUACCUGGUCAUCUACAACGUUGUUAUGACAGCGGGGUGGCUGGUGAUUGCUGUGGGUCUGGUCCGAGCCUACCUGGCCAGAGGAAGCUACCAUGGGCUGUACUACUCCAUAGAGAAGCCUCUGAAGUUCUUUCAGACUGGAGCCAUUCUGGAGAUACUGCACUGUGCUGUAGGAAUCGUACCGUCCUCUGUGGUCCUGACUGGAUUCCAGGUCAUGUCUCGGGUCUUCCUCACCUGGGCCGUCACUCACAGCGUCAGGGAGGUCCAGAGUGAAGACAGCGUGCUGCUGUUUGUCACAGCUUGGACCGUCACAGAGAUCAUCCGCUACUCUUUCUACACCUUCAGCCUGCUCAAUCACCUGCCUUACCUCAUCAAAUGGGCAAGGUACACCUUCUUCAUCGUGCUCUAUCCCAUGGGAGUGACUGGGGAACUGCUGACUAUCUAUGCAGCGCUGCCGUACGUGCAGAAGACAGGCCUGUACUCGGUCACCCUCCCCAACAAGUACAACUUCUCCUUCGACUACUACACCUUCCUCAUCCUCGUCAUGAUCUCCUACAUUCCCCUCUUUCCUCAGCUCUACUUCCACAUGAUCCGACAGAGGAAGAAGGUGUUGGGCCACAUAGAGGACUACAGCAAAGUGGAGUGAACCCAGCAGGGUUCGAAAUGGAUCCAAGCGAGGGAGAAGAAACCAAAACACCCGACAAACGAGGAACAAACAUCACGUCUGCUUAAUGAAACAUAAAGCCCAACCAGUUUCCAAGCUGCCAGCACCGACCUGGCAGACGAUCCGAUUAUCAGACAACUUUACGUUUUCUUAUUCCAGCCCUUGUGUAGGUUGUGCAGAUGCUCACCAAUCAUGAACGAACUGGUGUCAUGUUUUCUUUUUUUUUGUUGUUGUAUUUUUUUUAUUUAUGAACAAACUGCAGGUAUUUUUUGUUUAGUCAGAGAGUUUGCAGCCGUAAAGAAACUGUAUUUUGACUCGGGUACAGUUGAGCUGCUGUCUGAGCGGUGAACAGAACUCCGAUUGAUACACUGGUAGAACCGACAACCUCCUUUUAAAUGACACUAUAGAGAAGAGUAGAAUAGAUUCCUCACCUCCCCACGACUUGUCUUUUGGUCUCUUUUUAGGAAGCAGGUUUGUGUAGAAUGUGAAGUCUAGUACUGGAAGUAGCUCUGUAGGCAUCUACAGCUUGUGUGCGUCGGCGCAAACUGCGGUACAGAUUCUUGUUUUCUUUCUUUUAUUCAAACAUUUGGUUACAUUCCUCAUUUAGUUCAAUAAACUUUUUUUCCCAUUCCAUGCCUGCAUGCUUGGUUUUCUAUCAGUUUUUCUCGUUCGUUUGGUGUUUGCUCGGCUCUAGUUGUGAUUUCUGUCUCGGUUGCUUUCUCAGCAGUUUCACACUGAUUAUGUUUAUUCCUUAAAAGUUUCCCAACUUUCGCCCAGUGAUGAUUGUGAGUUGUGUCUUUUGAUUUCCUCGCUGUUUGAUGUUCAGGUAGUUCACACAUGAACAGUUAAUGGCGAGACAAGUCGUGUUUUUCUUUCAUCCAAGUGAGCACAUCCCUUUUCUCUUAAUGGGACUGCAUUUUCCUCCUUUAAUCUAUUGAACGUAACUAAUUUUAGCAUUAUUUAGCUCCAUUGAAGUGAUAAUUUCAGCAUCUAGAAUAAAACAUGCACAUUUUCAUUCCGUCUUUAUUAAGCUCCCAGUCUUCACCACAUCUCCGAUUAACGAAAGAAGUCAGCGUGUCUUUUAAAUGGGAUGUUACAAACCGUUUAUUACAAAAAGAACAAUUAACAUAAGUUAUGGGACACUUAAGCAAAAAACAAAAUAAAAAAGAACAGAUAGCACAACAUGUAGUAGCAACAGUGUUUUCAGAUGAAAUAAGCUUUGAUAUGUAACCAACAAAACUGCAUUGUAGCCCAAAUAUGUGUUGGAUGUUUAUGGACUUUUAUUUUGAAAAUAGAGAGGGGAAAUCACUGUUGUUUGAUGCAUAAAACUAGGCGGUUAUGGUUUAUUUCUAUAGAGGUGUGUGUGUGCUGAAAUGCUAUUCCUAAGUGACGUGCCCCCGUCAUUGUGGAAUCAGUAGGUUUUCUGGACAACUUUGCAUUUUUACACUUUGGAUUUAAAACCCUAAAUGCUCGAUAUUAUGUUGAAUUCAGCCGCAGCAGAAAAUCUUCUCACCAAACUCUUUUAUUGAGCUUCUUUUAGUUAGUGCUCACUGCAACACUGCCCUUCUGAGUACAUUUUUACGUCACUGGAGGUCAGCGAAUAAAGAUUUUCAGCUUUGUUUAGCUUUUAAAUGUGUUUUUCAUUCAAAAUAAUAGCUUUUCUCACACCUCUGAAGGUAUCUACUAACACAGAAGUCUUUGGUUUUACUGUGUUUGGACACAUUUUUUGAGACAUUCAAUCUCAUAUCUUAGAUUUUUGUCUCCAAACCAGUAAAUUGGAGGUGAAUUAAAUCCUAUGCGUUCCUCACAAAUGUCAACAGCGGCCUCACUGUUUAGGCAACUUGCAGGUUUUUCUGUAAAUUAGACCCUUUAAUGUUUUCCCUGUCGCUACUGUCAUGUGUUCUUUAAAAUGUGACCUCAGAAGCAAAACCUCCUUUAGCUUGUGACUUUUUAACUCAAUAUCACCGAUAACACAUGAAACAAAUUUAUGUUGCUGAAGUCCUGCUUGCUAGUCAUGAUCAUAAACUCCUUUAUUCUCGCCAGGUGAGCACCGAGCGGCCGAUUCCAGCCUUUUGGGCUCCCUUUAUUUUUUUCCCCCCCUUUUCCUCAUAAAUGGCUGAGCAUGAUCCGAGAUACUUGUUGGAAAUGUGUUGCAGGAGCACAAGUGCAGCUCAUUAGAAAACUGCAUGAAAGAAGAGAUCUGGAUACCCGGAAUGGCGGUCUGUGUUAUAACCUAAGUUAACAAACAAACAAACAAACAAACAAAAAAAAGUACAGAAGCAUGGCAUAUGUUACUCCACAACUGGUUCUACUGAAUAAAGUUUUGAUACAAUUGUUUUGCAUGGGGCCAGCAGACUUUGUACAGGUAUGAAUAAUGAGUAUAUAUUUACAAUAAACCGAUAAUAUGGGAA